UUGCAGAUUGAGAAAAAUAAGGGGUUACAAAAGAAACGAAAAAGUGGAACACAGCAUUCACGUGUGAAAAAGAGAAAGCAGUACAAGAAAGCACUGAUAAGAAGACGCUCCCAGAUACCGGACGUACGCAGCACCAACAAACCAUACGAUGGUGAAGCACGAGGAAUUCGCGCAUCGGUUGUGAAAAGUAUCAAGUUGAAAGCUUAA